UCAUUCAUCUCACCAAAUGAUAAGGGUAAUCCGGCAGCUGCAGACUUUAGCGAGAAAGGCAUUCAGCAGGAAGUAUCUCCUCUACACCAACGUUGCAAUCUCAAUCAGCUUAUCUGGGGUCGGUGACAUAAUUGAACAGCAUUACGAAAUCUAUACCAACAGUUUGGAAUGCUGGGACCGACAACGGACGCGGCAGAUGUCUAUUUCCGGAAUGACGGUCGGCAUCUUCUGCCACAACUGGUACAACUUCAUGGAUCGACGGUUUCCUGGCCGAACGCUGGGUAUCGUGCUGAAGAAGGUGCUUAUCGAUCAAACCGUAGCAUCACCGAUAGUGAUAUUUCUGUUCUUCGCCACGCUGGGUGUUCUGCGGAAAGCUACCAUCGAUGAAACGAUCCAGGAGAUGAAGGACAAGUUCAUCCGGCUGUAUACGGCCGAGUGGGUUGUAUGGCCACCAGCUCAGUUGUUCAAUUUCUACCUUCUGCCAAAUAGGUAUCGGGUCCUGUAUGAUAAUACCAUCUCGUUAGGGUACGACGUUUACACUAGUUACGUUAUCAAUGAAAAAAUUGACCACGGCGAGGCUUCUAGUUGACCAGAGAGUUUAGUUUAAUGUGAUUAUGUAGUUUUAUACACAGACAUAAGGAACUCGAACAUACGGAAAUGUUCCUUGCUAGAUUACAGUCAUAAAUAUAAAGCUUAUGUUUAGGUGGUAUCAAUACUGCUACCGGAGUAAAGUAAUACAUUAUCACAAAUGAACUACACGCUAAGAAAAUGUUACUCUAAAAUGAGUAAGAUUCACACAAAACUGAGCUAAACUGGAACAGCUCAAAAAAUGAGUAAAUUGCAUUUCCAGCGAUAGCACUGGCCCAAGUGCAAAAAUUCAACUGGUUUAAGCCGUAUAAUAUUCUUCGCAUCCUCAAGAAUAUUAUACGGCUUAAACUGAUGAGAUUUUUGCACUUGGGCCAGCGCUAUCGCUGGAAAAAAAAUUUACUCAAUUUUGAGUUGUCCCACUUUAGCUCGAAAAUGAGUGAAUUUUCUGACCGUGUAGAUGUUUUAGUCACUACGUGAGGCACCGAUAACAUUAAGAGAUUUAUGUUUUUCAUGAUCGCUCCGUUGUAAAUUCUCUGGUAAAUCGUAGGCAGCGAAUGAGCAAUAAUACGACGAUAAUGUGUGAUAUCGAUAACGUACUGUUGGCAUGUUUUAUGUUGUUUAUUUGUCUAUAAAGCGCAAAGAUAUAAGUCAA